AUGCGAGAGCUGAACGAGACCGCGUGCAACGCGUUGUACUCGGCGGUCGAGUGGACGGGAGCCGGGAUAGUCGCGACCUUGGCUGUGCUCGCCGUGGUCAACGUCAUGGUCGUCCUUGGCAACGUCCUCGUCAUCGCGGCCGUUUACAACAGCAUCAAACUACGCAACGUCACCAACAUGUUCAUCGUCAGUCUUGCUGUCGCUGAUCUCAUGGUUGGCGUCGCUGUGCUGCCCUUCAGCGCCACCUGGGAGGUGUUUAAGGUGUGGAUCUUUGGGGACAUUUGGUGCUCGAUUUGGUUGGCCGUCGACGUCUGGAUGUGCACGGCCUCGAUACUCAACCUGUGCGCGAUCAGCCUCGACAGGUACCUCGCCGUCACUCGCCCCGUCAACUACCCCCAGAUAAUGUCACCAAAGCGAGCGAAAAUGCUGGUCGCCGUCGUCUGGGUGCUUAGCUUCAUUAUUUGCUUCCCACCACUGGUCGGAUGGAAAGAUCGAGAGGACGACGAGCUGUGGCUGAACGUGACGCUGACCGAGGACGAGCUGUACAACCUAACGACGAGCGCCCCGGUGAUACCCGUCAAGCCCUGCCGCUGGAUUUGCGAGCUCACCAACGACGCGGGCUACGUUGUCUACAGGUAA